UUAUCUUGUUUCUCGACCAUCCAACUCAAACCCACACACAGACACUACUUCUUGGCCCGACUCCUCCUAGCCUUCUUCUCAUGACCACCUUCUUCAACACCCAUUGAGAAAAAGAAAAAGAAAAAUGGCGGCAGCCACCUGCUUGCAACACGUGGGCACACCAGCCUGGACCAAUCUCCAGCAGCAGAACUCAACAAGCUACAGCAUGGUAGCAAGAAUGACAGGAAAGAAGAACCUGAAGCUGCUGGGAUUGGGAACAUCUAAAAGUAAAAAAAGGGCUGUUGGAGUAGUUAGGUGUAGUGGGAUUGGGAUAGGAGACUUCAUAGGAGGAGACCUUGUGAAGUUUGAUUUGGAACAAUGGCUAUCAGAUGUGGAAGAGCAUAAAGCCCUUGCCAUUUACACUCCUCAUGAAGGUGGUUACGAGGGUCGUUACUUUACCCGCCUGAGAUACCAGGGUUACUACUUCCUUGACCUCACUGCUCGUGGCCUUGGUGAUCCUGAGACGACCCUUACCAAGAUUCAUCCCGUUUGCCCUGCUCAUGUAGGGAAGCAGCCAAUAGCAAGGUGGUACUUUCCACCAGAAGUAGAUUACAGGCUUGCUGCUCUGCCUCCGGAUGCCAAAGGACUUGUUGUCUGGAUAAUUGAAGCCAAGGUUCUGUCUAAAGCCGAGCUACAGUUUCUGGCAUUGCUUCCGUCGCUUCGGCCUAAAGUUAGGGUCAUUGCUGAAUGUGGGAACUGGAGAAAGGUCAUGUGGAAGCCGCUCAAAGAAAUCGCAGGACUUACUGCAGAGGCCAAGCUUGAUUAACUAGUUAAUCUUGUACUUCUGCUCUAAUCUUUCCAAUUACCUACAGGGACCCUGCUGCAAUGUUGUAAAGAAGAGGAUGAAGCUCAUAAAGGACGCAUUAUCCAUUAAUCCUGCAACUUGCACAAAAUUGAGAGGAAUACUUCAUUAAUUGCCAUUGUAAAAUUAUGUUCAUAAAAAUCAAUAAUUGUUAUUUGAUUACGUAUAACACCUAUGCAGUUACAUUGUCUGA